ACUACUUCCGGGUUUCAGCAGUCUAGUCCAGAUCCACUCCUCAGUCGCGCUCAGCACACACUCAUUGUACACAAACUGGCAAGCGGCUCACACACAGCAUCGAUCGUGGCUCCUUUAAGAAAGACUAAGCCAGAAUUAUCACCCCACCUCCUCUUGAUCUCCUUUAGAAGCUUUUGCAUAAAAUAUCAACUCAGGAUCCGAGACUGAUCAAAGAAACCAGAGAGCUUCAUUUUUGUGUGCGUUUGAUUAUUAACAUUUGGUGUGCGAAUCUGUGGAAGCGCGCGGCGGAUCAUCAUUCAUUCGGUACUUUGACAAGCCUUGCGUUUGAUUGACAGUUGGAGUGGCAAAAAGCCAUGAGACUCGCUAGUUUUGUUUGAGGGGCAUUUGGAAAAGAAGACUGCUUCUCGUUCUGUCGCUGUCCUGUGGAUAGCCGAGGACCUAUUCACCUCGCUCGAGCUGAACUUGAGCAGAAGUGGCUGACUUCAUCCCUCUGGAAAGAAAUACGGAUUUUGUGAAAAUAUCUUCCAUUUGGAUUUUGAGUGUUAUUUUCUUCUUCAUCCUGGCCACAUAGGGGAUAUAUCUGAAGCUAAAGGAAGAAGAGGGAGUAAGGAGGGCUAUGGCGCAGAGGUACGAAGAUUUGCCCCACUACGGAAUGGAUGGAGUGGGCAUACCGACAACCAUGUACGGGGACCCGCACGGCGCCAGGUCAAUGCAAGCGGUCCACCUGAACCACGGGCCCCAGCUGCACUCGCACCAGUACCCGCACUCAGCUCACACUAACGCCAUGCCGCCUAGCAUGGGUUCCUCAGUCAACGAUGCUCUCAAAAGAGAUAAAGACGCGAUAUACGGGCACCCCCUGUUCCCCUUGCUUGCACUGAUUUUUGAGAAAUGUGAAUUAGCGACUUGCACGCCCAGAGAGCCCGGAGUGGCGGGAGGCGACGUUUGUUCAUCGGAAUCUUUCAAUGAAGACAUAGCAGUAUUUGCAAAACAGAUUCGGGCAGAAAAGCCGCUAUUUUCAUCAAAUCCAGAGUUGGAUAAUUUGAUGAUUCAAGCCAUUCAAGUUUUACGAUUUCAUCUUUUGGAGUUGGAAAAGGUACACGAACUCUGUGACAAUUUUUGUCACCGGUACAUCAGCUGCUUGAAGGGCAAGAUGCCCAUCGACUUAGUUAUAGACGACAGAGAAGGCGGAUCAAAAUCAGACAGCGAGGAAAUCACAAGAUCAUCGGGACCUCUUGAUCAGGUAGGCCACACUCUCUCUUCCUCUCUCUACUGGCUAUUCGGCAUGCCUUCUGGGUCACUUCGCCGCCGCGCUGCUAUUUGCAUAUGAUUAAGACCGUUUUAG